GUGUAUUUGGUGGAUUUCAGGUACUGGUAUUUGGCGUUCUUUGGCUCCUUCCUUAACCAACGUCGAAAUCUGGUGAAUGUCGGUAUGGCCAAAGUUUCUGCAGUUUUAAAGGCUAAAAAGGCAAAAACCGUGAAGAAGACACGCUCUGGAAAGUCCAAGACUAGAGUCGAGAAAUUGGAUUCGGGAAAAAAGAGGAAGGAAGAGACUUUGAAGGGCGAAGUGAAAAAAUUGCUGAAGGAUGUCAAAAAUGGAAAGGAACCUUUAGAAGAUGAAGGACUGGAUUUGAAUAUGAGCAUGGAUGACUUUUUGAACGACGGUUCUGAAGAACCUACCGAAGUCAGUGCUCCUAAAAAGAUUGAGAAGGCUAAGAAGGAGAAGAAGUCGAAAAAAUCAAAGAAAAAGGUAGAAGAACCCGUCCAGGAGGAAGAAGAAGAGUCUUCUGAAAGUGAAGACGAAGCUGAUAUUGAUCCCGAGACGUAUCAAAAGCAGCUUCAGGAAUUGAAAGAAAAGGAUCCAGAUUUUUACAAGUAUUUGGAAAGAAAUGACGAGGAUUUGCUGAACUUUAACGCCAAAACCCUUGAAGAAGAGGUUGAGGAUGAUUUGAAAGAAGCUGGUCUUGGUUCUUCGCAGGUCUUAAUCACCGAUGAAAUAAUUGCUCGCUGGCAGACUGCCAUGUCAGAAAAUCAUUCAUUGAAUGUGAUGCAAAAGGUUAUUCAGGCAUUCAAGGCUGCUGCUUACUUUAACGAGGAAGGAAGUGCAAGUCUCAAGUAUACCAUCUCUGAUCCAAAGAUUUUCAAUGGAGUCCUUUUGCUCGCUCUUAAGGAGGUGCCUGCUGUCCUGCAACAUCAUUUCCCCAUUAAAAAAGUUAGUGAGCACCGCCAAACGAUUGACACAAGCAACAAACGGUUGGCCAAGCUGUCUACAUCCCUUCGUUCAUAUGGUCUGUCCUUGCUCCACAUUUUAGAGGGUAUGUCUGAUGCGAAGAACUUGUCUUUGCUGCUGCGAGAGGCGAAGAAUGUUACGCCCUAUCUCAUGUCGCACAGAAAGUUUCUGAAAGCUUUCACGCAGGCAGUUGUCGCUCAAUGGGGCACGAACAGAGACGACUCUGUGCGUGCGUCAGCUUUUAUGCUGCUGCGUGAAUUGUGUAUUUCGGCAGACGCAGCGCUUGCUGCCCUUAUCCUUCGUUCCGUAUAUCUUACAUUUGUGCGCCAAUGUGGCCAUACUUCCGUUCACACACUCGACGGCAUUAACUUUAUGAAGAAUAGUGCUGUGGAACUUAUGCUGCUUGAGGAAAGUUCAUGCUAUCAGACUGCCUAUCGGUACAUUCGUCAAUUAGCCAUUACGCUGCGUAACGUUAUUCAGCAUCCUGGUAAGGAAACAUUGAAGUUGGUUCAAAACUGGUCAUACAUUCAUUCUCUUGACCUGUGGGCUCGCUUGCUUUCCAAGGGUGUUUGGUUGGAACGCGAACGAAAGUCUAACAAUGGUCUGAGUGCCCUUGUAUACCCCCUUGUUCAAAUUGCUUUAGGUGUGGUUCGUGUCGCUGUUUCCGCGCAAUACUUCCCUCUUCGUUUCCACGUUAUCCGUGUGUUGUUGUUUGUUGCUCAACAAUGCGGCGUGUCUAUACCCAUUGCCCCUCUCCUUUUUGAAGUGUUGAACAGUUCUGAGAUGAAGCGCAAGCCUAGACCUAGCACGCUCAAAGCAUUGGAUUUCCAGGUGGAAAUCCACGCACCGACUACUUACUUGCAUACACGCAUUUUCCAAGAAGGUGUUGCAGACCAGGUUUCAGAGUUGUUGUUGGAAUACUGCACACUUUACUGCAAGUCGAUUGCUAUGCCCGAAAUUUCUAUUCCCGUCAUCGUUCACUUGAAGCGUUUUAUUAAGCGCAGCAAAAACAUCCACCUCAAUCGCUCUCUGCUGACGCUUGUGCGUAAGCUGGAGGCGAAUGCCGCGUUUGUGCAGGAGAAGCGAGUCGCUCAUCAUUUUGCACCCAUCGCGUUGGAGGAGGGUGUGAAUUUCAUGAAGGAUGUGGAAUGGACAAGCACGCCUUUGGGUGCUUUUGCCGCCGCACAACGCAGCCUUCGUGAGGAGCAACGUAAAUUGUUGAUGGAAUCUGUUCAACAAGACCAAGAGCACAAGGAGGCUGUCCGUCGCAAGAAGCGGGACGCUCUUCGUAAUUCCAACAACGAAGACGUCGAAGUUGACAUGGAGGUCGAGAGUGAGGAUGACGAUGCCAUGGAGGCCUAGACAGCAACUGCGACUGUUUCACGCCUUCACAGAAGCAUACGCACUACAUGCCGACGGGGUUGUUGUUUGGUUUACAAAAAGGGUUUUUGAGGACAGGGUUUUUAUUCCGUAUUUUGGUUUGUUAUAGAACAAAGGGUAUCUACAGCAUAAUACACGA